GAGAGAUAUGUGAACACAUCACUAGUAACAAGCUAAGCUAAAGGAGAUAGGUAGAAGAAACAUGGCAGAUGGAACAUUCUGGUAUCCAUUUCGAAGAUUCCAAGAAUGGUCAAGAUCAACGGCUCUGAUUGAUUGGAUGGAAUCUUCGAAUUCUCAUAUCUUCAAGAUCAACGUUCCAGGUUACAGUAAAGAUGACAUCAAAGUGCAGAUUGAAGAAGGUAACGUUUUGAGUAUCAGAGGAGAAGGACUGAUGAAGCAGAAGAAAGAAGAGGAUUUGGUUUGGCACGUGGCGGAGAGAGAAGCUUUUUCCGGUAAAGGUGAGUUUCUCCGGCGAGUUGAGUUGCCGGAGAAUGUGAAAGUUGAUCAAGUUAAAGCUUACGUGGAGAACGGUGUUCUUACGGUGGUUGUUCCUAAGGACACGUCGUCGAAAUUGGCUAAAGUUAGGAAUGUUCAUGUUACUAGUAAGCUUUGAUGUCUUAACCGGUUUAAACCGGUUUUUUGGUUUUCUUAAAAUUGGACUUUGUUGUGGAAUUCAUAAAUUCAAUAAAGCAUGUAAUAUUUUGGAAUA